AUGUCGACUCAUCAAUCCCAGCCCAGCAGCCCGCCCAAGAGGCCAAGGCUUUCCCUUCAGAUCAAGACCUUCAAUGGUUCGAGUGUCAGGACAUCCAGGACGCUGGCCGCCGCAGUGGACGUCAAGUCUCCAACAGCCUUCAACACACUGUCCAAUGUUUACGCCACCGCUGUGGAUAGGUCGACCCCAAUCCAGGAGCAUGCCCCGGCAACAGCGCUAUCAUCAUCAUCAGGGGGAAGACCGAUGCUGCGCCUCCAAACCCAGGCUGGACAAGAUGGCGGAGCAGCAGUUGUAUCUAAGGACCGCCGACUACAAACUCCUUAUUUGGGUCCAUAUCUCGACACUCCUCUCACGGCACAACCAAUGUCACCUGCCAUUGCAACAGCACAAAGCCAAAUGAUGUUUCCCAGUGCCAUGACAGCGACACCACCACUAUCCGCCCAGCCGCAAGAGCAGAAUGGCCCUCGCGUGUUUACCUUUGAGUCUAGCAACAACCACAACAACAAUAACAACAACAUGGCGCAGCAACCGUCACUUACCCUCAAUACUACCACUACCACCACAUCACAAGCAUCAGAGAUGCCUUCUUCUUCUUGUUCAGAAACGCCCAAGAGGCGAACCACUUUUCCAUCCAACGUCACCAAGCUCCCUUACACCCACCCGCGUUCCCUCCGCAGCAUCCUCCGCAACAGCCCUCUCGCGCCCUUGACCUGCCAAUCCCCCAACUCUUCCAGGCGGCAGUCGCUCCGGCUCCAGGAAAAGGCCGCUCGGCGGGUGGCCUACAACAGCCCUUUGUGCGAGACCAUCACCACGAGCAAGUACACCAAGUCACACGUGGAUCUGCUAGCGGAAGACUCCGGGACGCCCACCACGCCCACGGGAGCCAAGUCCAUCUCAUCAUCAUCUGAGGGAUCAUCCUGCUCCGGCUCCUCGUCAGAAGGCGAGGAAUUUCUAGACCAAACCAUGGCCUACACCGGCAACGAAACCCGCGACGGGGGCCAGACCCCAGGGCCUUAUGAGGAGAUGCGCAGACGCAUGGCGGCGUGGCUUGGGUCCCGGGGAAAAAAGAGGGAGAAGAAGCGGAGGUGGGUGUGGACGAUCGGGAAGGACGCCGAGGAUGCGGAGCUCGAGGAGUGCGGGAGCCCGGUGGUGCCCUGGACGGCGGCGGGACCGGAACUGUCGAAUGCCGUGGCCGAAAGAAGGGUGGAGGCUGUGGUGGGCGUGCCGGUGUUGGCGAUGCCGAUGCCGCCCAAGGGCAGGGCGAGGACGAGGGCGCAAACGCAGGCGCAGGGUUUGUCUUCUGGACAGAGGCAGGGACAGGGGCAGCAAACUGUUGUUGCGGCCGUUGGUGUUGCUGGGAACAAAGCUGCGGCUGCGGCGGUGGCGGCGACUGUGGCAUUACAAUUGCAAAUACCCAAGUUGCCUGUGCCGGUGCCGGGGCCGCCGACUAGUAGGAGGCUGAGGCCUGCUUUGAGCUUGCCUUCCAUGUCUUUGCCUAUUGCGCCGUCGGUGUCUGCGCCUACGCCCGUGGCUACUGUUGCUCCAGCACUGCCCUCCAGCUUGGUGCAACAACAGCAACAACCACAGCAGCAACAGCAGAAGCAAACACAAUCACCACCCCAGCAACACCAGCUGCAACACCAGCUACAACAACGGGCGGAGCGCGCCACGCUCACCCCCGAACCCACCCUCCCUCCACAUGGGCAACAACAACAACAACAACAACAACAACAACAACACAUAGUAGUCCCCAACACCCCAUCCAUGGAAUCCGUCACCAGCAUGACCAGCAGCAUCCUGUCCCAAGACUCGUUCGUCUUCGACAGCUCGUCCGAAAUGUACAACGGGGACGUGGAGAUGUCGGAUGCCAGUAGCGUUUACUCUGCUGGUGACAAUGAGUCGUCAUAUGGUGGUGGGGAGGACAAUGCUAAGAGCAGCAGCAGCAGCUUUGGUGCCUACGAGGAUUAUUUGAAAGUUAACGGAAAUAACUUUCAAUUUAACAAUGGGCGUGGUGUUGGGGGAAGUAGUGGUGAUCAGCCGUGUCACUCGUCAGAUAUGGAUACGGAUAUGGAUAUGGAUUUGGAUAGCUCGGACAUGAACACGCCUACUGUUGGAGGUAGGCCGGGGUAUGCGGUGGAGAGGUUGGGGUUGGGGAUUUGUUAG